AUGGCAAGAUCUAGGAAAGGAAAAGAAAAAGUUGCAAUAGAGUCAAAGAAGAAUAAGACAGAUGGGAACAAGGAUGUGGAUCCUCAGCUAUGGCAUGCUCUUGCUGGAAGAAUAGUGCAAAUUCCACAAGUUAACUCUAACAUCUUCUACUUCCCUCAAGGUCAUACCGAGCAUGCAUAUCAACCCGUCAAUUUUCCUGCUGACAUCAAAAUUCCAUCCCAAAUUCCAUGUAGAGUUGCAGCUAUCCAUUAUAGGGCUGAUCCUGACACAGAUGAAGUGUAUGCAAAACUCAGGCUUGUUCCUCUGAAUAAUAGCGAGGUUAGUUUUGAUGAUGAUGCUGUUGCUGGCAUCAAUGAUAUGUCUGUAACUAGGAAUAAAUAUCAAUCUUAUACAAAAACCUUGACACAAUCUGAAGUAAGCCAUGCUUCUUUUGGAUUAUCUUGUCCUAAGAAUUGUGCAGAAACAAUUUUUCCUCCAUUAGAUUAUUCAGCUGACCCUACUUCCCAGGACAUUUCUCCCACGGAUGUUCAUGGUGAAACAUGGGAAUUCAAACAUGUUUAUAAGGAUGCGCGAAAGCGGCAUCUGUUAACAACUGGGUGGAGUGAGUUUGUAACCGAAAAGCUACUUGUUUCGGGGGAUUCACUUGUGUUUCUGAGAGCGGAAAACGGUGAUCUUCAUAUUGGAAUUCGAAGGUCUAAAAGAGGAAACAAAUUUGGAUCUAACCCUUCAUCAAAGAGCAAACCUGUUAAUGAAAUUGGAAUUCAUCUUGUACCAUCCCACGGAGAACUUACCUCGUCUUCAAGAGAGAAAGACGAUAAACCUCAAAAACAUGAUAUAGGAAAUGAAUUGAGAAGUGAUAAGGUGAUGGGAAUUGGGAAAGUGAAGGCUGAAGAUGUUAUUGAAGCAGUAAGACUUGGUGUCAAUAAGCAACCAUUUGAUGUGGUUUACUAUCCUUGGGUUGGUACUCCCGAGUUUUUUGUGAAAACCUCAUUAAUUAGAACAGCAAUUCAGAAUAAGUGGCGUUGUGGAAUGAGGUUCAUGAUGGCCAUUGAAACUGAAGACCCGUCAAUGAUAAAUUGGUUAAUGGGAACAAUUGCUUCUGUUCAGGCUGCUGAUCCAGCAUGGCCCGACUCUCUUUGGAGACGUCUGCAGGUUACGUGGGAUGGUCCCGAUUCAAUUACAAAUACAAAAAGACCGAACCCCUGGCAAGUUGUAAUAUUACCGGACAUGUCACCUUCAAUCUCUUUUUCCCCUUUAUUGCCUCAACACCUAAAGUUUCCCAUGGAUGGCCAAUUUUCAGUGCCAACUUUUCCAAACAACUUUCAAACACCAAAUGUUCCUAUUUUUCCUUUACCAGAAACUAGUACUGCAGGCAUGCAGGGAGCCAGGCAUGAUCAUUAUAGUCACUCCAAAUCAGACUUUCACCUUGAAAACACUCCAUUAGAUAACCCAGCAUUGCAAAAGGAGAGUACCAUUGAGAAUACUUCGUGCUUGAUAUCAAUGUCUACACAACCGUCAGAGAAACCGAAUCAUGCGAAGCCGAAACAGAUUCUGCUUUUUGGACAAACAGUACAAGUUAACACAGGAAAUGAAAAUGCUGAGAAGAAAAUCACUAGCUCUUCUUCUGAUCCUGUACAAGACCUGCCAAAACGUUCCUCUGGUGAGAGGCUGGAAUGUAAUCCCGAGAGCCAAUGCAAAAAAGAUACAUUGGCAGGAGAAACAGUGGACAAUGAAGAUUGA